AUAAGGGUUCUGAGACAUAAAAACAACUACAGAGAGCAAAACAUGGRGAACGAAUCGAUGGAAUUAAAUUUGGAAGCGGCUAUGGACAGCUCUUUAGAAGAGCAGAGUCCCGKAACUUCGUCUAUAUAUUCAAUGCCUUCACAUUGCUCAAGAAUUCUACAAACUAUGAACAAACACCGGAAAGAAAGUUUGAAACUCUGCGACGUUAUCCUACGCAUUGGAGACACUCAUAUUCCAUCUCAUAAAGCCGUUCUUGCUUCAUGUAGUUCGUAUUUCUUCGCYAUGUUCAACGGGGAACUCUCAGAAAGUCGACAAAAGAUAGUUACYAUGAAGGACAUUGAGCCAGUAGUGAUGGAAGCUCUUGUAGAAUUUGGUUACACCGGCAACAUUGAAAUUACAGUUGAGAAUGUACAACUGUUGUUGUCGACUGCUUCAUUGGUUCAGUUUCAUGAAGUUCGUGAUUUAUGUUGUCAAUUUUUGGAAAGCCAACUUGACCCUUCUAAUUGCUUAGGAAUCAGAAAAUUUACCGAAGCACACGGUUGUAUGAAAUUUUUAGAAACUGUCGAUAAAUACGUCUUAGAAAAUUUYAAAAGUGUAUUAAAAUCGGAAGAAUAUGCAUUAUUACCGAUUGAACUCUUGGUAAAAGUGAUUUCAAGUGAUGAUCUCAACGUGCUUCACGAAGAAGAAGUUUACGAAGCAGUUAUGACAUGGAUACGACAUGACUUGAACACCAGGGUAAGCAARUUACCAUCUCUUAUUCGGUUCGUCCGUAUGCCUUUGAUAUCCAAGCAUUAUCUCCUGAAUCGAAUAGACUCGGAUAGUUUAGUACGCGCCAACUUGACGUGCCGGGAUAUGCUAGAUGAGGCAAAAAACUACCAUCUCCUACCCGAGCAGAGGGCUAGAUUUCGAUCAGAUCGAAUGAGGCCUAGGAAAGCAAUGGUUGGUACUUUAUUUGCUGUUGGUGGGAAAGAGGCUGGAGAAACCAUAUCAAAUACAAUGGAAAGCUACAAUCUUCAGUCCAACAUAUGGCAGGAGUCAGCAUCUCUCAAUGUACCUCGUCAACAGCUAGGUGUGGCAAGUAUCUGUAAAAGACUGUAUGCUGUGGGUGGCUCUGAUGGUUUUACACGCUUAAGUUCAGUUGAGGUUUUCAACCCAGAAACCAACAAGUGGACAUAUGUCAAGCCUCUGAAUACCAGYAGAUCUGGUGUUGGACUAGGAGUUAUUUGUGACACUCUCUAUGCACUGGGUGGUUAUGAUGGCAGGUCAUGCUUGAAAACAGUUGARAGAUAUGAUCCRCAGGUUGACUCAUGGAGCAUUGUUGCUUCAAUUAAUGUAACAAGAAGUUUUCCAGGUGUUGCAGAAGUAGGAGGUCGUCUUUUUGUUAUYGGAGGAAAUGAUGGUGUGUCAUUUCUGAAUUCUGUGGAAUGCUAUGACCCUUUAAGUAACAAAUGGAUGCAAGUGCCUCCCCUGAGUCGUGCUCGGGCAGGAAUUGGUGCUGCAGCUCUUGAUGGAACACUCUUUGCUGUUGGGGGUUUUGAUGGAAUGCAAAGACUUGACAUUGUUGAGAUGUAUGAGUCACGUAUGAACAGUUGGACUGAAGUGUCAUCUCUUCAAUCAUGUCGUGAUGGUGUUUGUGUCACAACCUAUGGAUGCUGGAUUUAUGCUGUAGGGGGUAUUGAUGGGCCUUCUUAUUUAAAUACUGUGGAAGCAUACGAUCCCAAGACUGAUAAAUGGGAAGAAAUGCCACCAAUGUCAAAGUGYAGGGCUGCAGCUGGCGUGGCAGUCCUACUUCCUCAUUCUUAAUAGGAUAUAGUUAUUUUUAAAAGGCUUUAAGAGCUUUGAGAAUGCAGGUUGUUUUAGAGAAACAUUUUUACCAAUGUUUUAUUAAUGCACACCAUAGAAUGUGGGGCAGACAGGGGGAUAGCUGGGMUUCAAAUCACUUUUGGACAAAAAUUUUAUUUGUCCCCACAAGGUGGGAUAUUUUAAUUGAAAAUUUGAUGUUCUCAUAUCUAGAUACYCCUUGCACCCAAUCAGAGGCUCUGGGAUAACCUGUAAUUUCAAGCCAUAUUUUCUGGUUUUAAAAAUCCCACUAGAAUAAAAAUAAUUGGGUAUUUUCUUGUAGAUAGUGUUAUUGAUUUCCUGUUAAUCAUUCUUUACCUACAUCAACCUUUGGCGCAAAAAAAUAUUGAGACAGGUCUCAAAUAAAUUUUUUCCUGACAUCUGUCAUUCAUUUGAUCCSCCAGACUUCCAAACCCAAUAGAAUUCCAGAGAUGAACAAGGGGAACAUAUUUUUUUGGGAAGCUAGCUGUCACAUUUAAUAGUUCUUCUUCUAAUUUUCACAGUAGAGUAUGAGAAUUUUCAACAGAGUAUCUGGCUCACAGUUUUCAGAUUUUGACUCCGUUUGACUAGAGCUGAGUUCAAAGUCCCUACUCUACCUCUGGUUCCAAGASAGUGGGUGGYGAGAGGKGGGWGGGGGCUCAAUUGRAUAGUGCUCAAAUGAGGAUCAUUGAUGUUCUGUACAAAUACUAAGUUAACAAAGAAAAACAUUAUAUGGAGAAAUCAAGCAGAUUAUCCUAUUUACCAUGUAAAUUAUCUUUCUUAUGAGGUACCACACAAACUAGUGGCAUUUUGUUGUGUUCCAAUUGUUGUAUUUAAUAUCAUUGCAUUUCAUCUCACAUCCUCUUCAUGAUUUCUUGAGGUGGCUGUAUUUCAGUCAUUGAGUCUAGCAAGAGGUCAUGCAUUUUUCUUUUUAUAAUUAACGUUUAAAAUAUGCUUGUGUAUUUAAUCUGGGCAACAAUUCUAUAUAGCAAGCAUAAUACAAUAAUUAAGUACUCGAAAACCUUGUCUAAACCUCACAU